CCCCUGAAGGUAGACUGCGCCGCUGCACAGCGAGUUGCGUUUCAGCAGCUUACUUGCAGGAAAAAUAUACACAUUAUUGACCCUGAAGGAAUAAUCAAGGGUUCGGCGUCUGGGAGUGCAUAUUUAGGUCGUUAUACCUGUUGAUGAUACCGUCACACGGCACAAGCGGAAGAAUGCGCCGGCGAGGGCGGCCGGACGGGCACCCGGUGCUGGUCUCCAUAGCAGCGGCGAUUGCUCUACUGGUCACACCUCGUGCUGCUCAAGGAGCAAGGAGUACCUACCAUGAGAGCGAGUUUUUCAAGCUGGACAGCCUUUUCAAGGGAAAACCUUACGAUCGUCGAGCCACGCCCACUCAAGAUUCCGAUAAACCGACAAUAGUCAGCGUGGAAAUGUACCUCAGGAGUCUGGGCUCCAUCAAUCCGGUGGAAAUGGACUACACGGCCGAUCUGUACCUGCGACAGCGCUGGAUCGAGAGUCGGUUCGUCAACAACUCCCUCACCAGACCACUCGACGUCUCCGACCCGCUGCUGGUGAAGAAAAUCUGGAAACCCGAGGUGUACUUCCCCAACGCCAAGUCGGGCGACUUUCAGUACGUCUCGGUACCCAACGUGCUGAUCCGGGUCCACCCCAGCGGAGAGGUGCUCUACAUUCUGAGACUUUUACUGAGGUUCUCCUGUAUGAUGGACUUGUCAAACUAUCCUCUAGAUACUCAAGUAUGCAGCAUCGAAACAGCGGUCU